AUGGUUCGCCUCCGUCAUAUUCACCGGCGGAAUCGUUCCGUCAAACUUAUGAUCUUUUUGCUUGUCAUCAUCUCUUUUGCUUUACUGUACUCUACCUGUCUCGAGACACUACAUCAUGCCAGUAGUCCCUUGCAAUUUAUCCGUCAACCUUCGAGUGUAUACAAGCCAGUUUUCGAUACGGAAGCGAAGCUUUAUCGCACGAGAAGCGAUUCUGAGCGUCAUAUCUAUCUCGAACAUAGCCCUGUCAGAGAUCCCACGUCGAAACAGCACGAAUACUCGACAUCGCAGAAACACAACUCGAUAUCGCCGAGAGACUCAAUAUCCGAGUUACGUACUACUCAUCAGGAAGGCCUUGUACAAGAUGAUUCCGAAAUGCACGAUACCACAUCGGAUACGCAUCCAGCGAGCAAUGUUGACCAUGCCCCGUAUCUCGUACACGUGAACGACGACGAAGUGCUUGUCUCGAGAGGAAAACUUCCUAACAGCAACUCCCGACAAGGGGAAAUUGACUCUUCGAAUGCAGCACCACGUUCCAAAUCCGACCCGGUCGCAAUCAAAUACGACGCCACCGUCGUUAACAACGUCUCCAACACCGAAGUCGAUCAUCUACAGCGGCCUAUUGAGAUCUCGAAAGGAAUGAUGGCAUGGUCAGCGGAUUACACUUUUCCGGCAAGAAGCGAGUGCGAACACGUCAAGGAGAGAGCCGAUACUCUUCCGGACAUGCUAUUCAUGCCGUUCGAGCAGUCAGUAGAAGAUGUGACACUACAAGGGUGGGAAGAUGAUUGGGUUGCCAAAGCCGAGUAUACCGGACCGAAGCUUCAGGAACCAAAGAUUGACUUCGUGUAUAACUGGGUCAACGGCUCUCAACCCGAGCUCAAAGACACGAUGCAUCCCUAUGAGCUAAAUUCAUCUCUCAAUGAUCCAGAAGGCGUUUGGGUUGCGUCUCACGGGACGAACAGAUACCGGGAGUGGGACGAGUUGCGAUUCUCGAUGCGCAGUGUGGAAAAAUACGCCGGAUCGUUUGUCAAUCGUAUCCAGAUCCUCGUGAAUGCUUUCCAGGAGACGUCACAGAAUAAGAAACAGAAGAUGGACAAGCAACGCCCUUCCUGGCUUAAUAAGUCACAAAAGGUGCAGGUACUCUCUCAAGAGGAGUUCUUUGGACCAGAAGAGCGCAAGUGUCUUCCUUCAUUCGACUCUUUGACCAUCGAAAACCAGCUGUACAAUACCAGGUCGGAGACAGACAGGCUGUUCGCUCUCUCCGAUGAUAUGAUUCUUGGAAAGCCCCAUGCUGCUUCUGAUCUGUACUCACCGCUCUUCGGUCCAACUAUGGGGUUCAAAGAUAAUGCGUACAACACCUUGAAGCCACCCACUCAAGCCGAUGCCGAGCGAUUUGGCGAGAAGCCUUUUCUAAUCUACACCUCGUGGCUUCUAAACCGCAGGUUCGGAGCGCGAAAGCGAAAAGGCCAAGUGCAUUUCGGACACUCCCUUUCCCGCAGCAUUGCAAAAGAAGCCAUCACAAGUUUUCCAAGACCCGCACUUCGAAGCGCAUAUCAGAGAUUCCGAGGCGAAACUGGCUUUCAGCUCUACUCUUGGUACGUAAUGUUCCAUUAUACCAUGGAGAGGCAUCGAGAGGCAUUGUUGUGGAGCUACAUCAUGCUGCGAAGCGAUUCGGACGAUGACGGAUACCUCAACUGGAGCGAGCGCAAAAAGAUCUUGCGAGAGGUUGCGGAAGGUCUUGGUCACGACCUACCUGAGCAAUAUCGAAAUAGAAUGUUCUACCGCACGGGCGAAUCACUCCAGAAAGCUGGAUUGGAAGCGCCUAAAGUCAACACCGAGGUUCUAUGGACGGCAAUGGACGGACCCAUCAUGAUCAAAGGCCUAGACUGCGACGCUUUCGACACCGAAGACUGCCUUGCUCCAGGAUUUUCGAUGCCAGCCAGCGAUACUGCUGCUCGUAACCCUGUGUUCUCCUCGGCUGCUAUUUUCGAUCGAGUUGCCCGCGAAACACCUCGUUGUGGCGACUGUUUAAUCAAACUUCUACUCAAUCGGAGACGAGCUGGACUGGGCCCAUUGUUACCGCAUGCUAUCAAGAAGCCCCAGCAGCGAGCGACCGUGGUCAAAGCGUUGAUGAAGUACCAGUAUACCAUCGUUCAGCCUGAUGCCGCGUUUUAUAUGGUCACUGAUGCAGAACAAGUAGAUCAUGCACUUUUUAAGCCUUAUAUAAAGCAUGGCAAAAAGGUGGGUCAGAUGUGUUUGAAUGAUGAUGUGGUAACGGAUGAUGAGGUGGAGUUGGAGAAGUUGAGGAAGGCUAUGAGCGCAUUGUUCAAUGGCCUACUUCCGGAGCCUUCGAGCUUUGAAAAGUGA